UCAACGCUUUCUGUUGCCUUUUUUGUCCCUGGCCGCGAUCCGUCGCUCAUCCACCAACGAGAGGGAAAAAGCGACGCCUGUGCGCGACGCUUGCUGCUGAUGCACUGCUGACUCAAAGAUGGAGAGCGACACCGCCGUCAGAAGAAUAAAGCCCGUCGGGACGCAUUAUAAUGUAGCUCAAGCUAAUAACGACGGUUCCCGGGAGGGGUGUGGGGAUAACGGCUACAGCAGUAGUGGUGACCCGGAGAGGAAACCCGAAGUGAACCUGUACCUGCUGCGGGAAGGACUGGCAACUUCCCUGGUGUGUGUUUUUAUUGUGACGCUGUGGGGACUCGUUCAUUUGUCGCUACAGCAGCUCGUCAUUGGGAAGCCAACAGGAGAGUUCAACGCAGUGAGAGCCAGACAGCACUUGGAGCAGAUCACCAGCGUCGGCCCGAGGCCAGUGGGCAGUCCGGAGAAUGAAAUCAUGACAGUGGGCUACUUACUGGAUCAGAUUGAGAAGAUCCGUGUGGAGACGGCAGCAGGCCCCCAUCAGCUCACAGUGGAUGUGCAGCGUCCCACUGGCACCUUCUCCAUUGACUUUCUUGGAGGCUUCACCAGCUUCUAUGACCGUGUCACCAACAUCGCUGUCAGGCUGGAGCCCAAAGGCGGUGCCAAGCAUUUCAUGCUUGCCAACUGCCACUUUGACACCGUAGCCAACAGCCCAGGUGCCAGUGACGAUGCAGUGAGCUGUGCAGUGAUGCUGGAAGUCCUCCAUUCUCUGGCCAACCAGUCCGCUCCUUUUCAUCAUGGAGUUGUUUUCCUCUUUAAUGGGGCAGAGGAAAAUAUCUUGCAGGCUAGUCACGGUUUCAUAACCCAGCAUCCUUGGGCCAAGCAGGUGCGAGCCUUCAUUAACUUGGAGGCUGCAGGUGUUGGGGGCAAGGAGGUUGUUUUUCAGACAGGUCCAGAGAACCCAUGGCUGGUCCAGGCCUAUGUCCAUGCAGCCAAACACCCGUUCGCCUCUGUGGUCGGUCAGGAGGUCUUUCAGAGUGGUAUCAUCCCUUCUGACACUGAUUUCCGCAUCUACAGGGACUUUGGUAACAUCCCAGGCAUUGAUCUGGCUUUCAUUGAGAACGGUUUCAUUUACCACACCAAGUAUGACACUGCUGACAGGAUCCUGACGGACUCCAUACAGCGAGCCGGUGACAACAUAUUGGCUGUCCUGAAGCACCUGAUAACAUCAGAUCGGCUGGCUGAUUCGUCAGAGUAUCGCCAUGGCAACAUGGUAUUUUUUGACCUGUUAGGGGUGAUAGUGGUGGCGUACCCCGCUCGUGUUGGCACCAUCCUCAACUACAUAGUGGCCGCAGCUACCUUUCUGUAUCUGGCCAAGAAAGCAUCACUCCCUGGCAAUGGGGGUGGUCGCUACGUUCGAGAUCUGGCCUUCGCCACAGGUGUAGCGUUGCUGAGCUGGUUCGUCACCCUGCUGUUGGUGCUGAUUUUAGCCCUGCUCGUCACUUUAAUGGGACGCUCCAUGUUUUGGUACAACCACUUCUACGCCUCCAUCUGCCUGUACGGGACAGCAGCCACAGGGAAGAUGAUCCUCAUCCACACCCUCGCUAAGAACCUUUACUACGGGGGUGUCCGACUGGUGGAGCUGGGUGAUCUGUUUUUUGACGUAAGCCUGUUUCUGUGGUGCUGCAGCCUGGUGUGGUUGACCCAGCAGGGCCUGUGUUCAGCCUAUGUGCCCAUGCUCAUGGUGGCCUUCCCUCUGGUCACCAGACUGCUGCUAUCUCAGGAAUUUAAACACAGAGGGGCAUCACUGAAAUACAGCAUCCUCUACCUGCUCGGUCUGGCGUUGCCAUAUGUCCACUUCAUGUUCCUCAUCUGGGUCGUGUUUGAGAUUUUCACACCCAUCAUGGGUCGCAGUGGCACAGAGAUUCCCCCUGAGGUGGUACUGGCCUCCCUCGUCACUCUCACCACCAUCUUACUCUCCUCUUUCUUUUUACAUUUCAUCUACUUGGUACGGAGCACUAAGUGGAUCCUGGCUGGUCUUGGCUCAGUCUUCAUCAUCAUGCUCCUGUUGGUGUCCGGUGGCUUCUUCUUUCCCUAUUCAGGCAGUCCAGACAGUCCUCGCCCUAAACGGGUCUUCCUGCAGCAUACAACAAGGACCUUCCACAAUCUCCAGGGCCAAGUGGAGAGCCGGGACUCAGGCCUUUGGAUAAAUAGUUUUGACUACACAGGCAUUCAACACAUCACACCCAACAUCCCCGAGAUCAACGACAGCAUUCGGACACACUGUCGCGAGGACCGGCCGUUCUGUGGUUACCCGUGGUUCCUGCCUGUGAAGUUCCUCAGCAGAAAGAACUGGUACCUUCCUGCCCCAGAGGUGGCUCCCAGCUCACCAGUGGAGUUCAGACUUGUGUCCAAAGAGGAGACGAGCUGGGGGACAGUCAAGAUGACCUUCAGUGCGAAAGGUCCCAGCCACAUGUCUCUGUAUCUGAUGCCUCACCGAGGAGCGAGUCUCUCCACCUGGUCCUUUGGGGACGGAACGCCUCAGUUUGACCUGAGUGGAGAAUAUUUUGUCUUCUAUUCUCAUGGCCUCGAUGCCCCAACGUGGAACUUUUGGUUUGAAAUCCAGCCUCCGAGUGAACCAGACCCGUCGGGUCCUGAGGGAAUGAUCUCUGUCGCCAUCUCCUCACAUUAUUUCUUUGGGGAGGACAGGCGGACUGCUCAGCUGGAGGAAAUCCUUCAGCGGUUUCCCACGUGGGCUUUUCCUUCGUACUGGGUCAGUACAUAUAGCAUGUACAGAUACUGAGCACGGCACGAGUGGAGAGCAUCACGGAGGCCGGUGCUGAGGAGAGUAGAGAGCUGAAGGGCCAGAGAGAAGAGCGACGUCAAGCAACAAUAUUCAGAGAACUGGCCCCUGCUGCCUUUUCACUCUGAUACAAUCAAACAUCUUAACACACACACACCCUCUCCAGCCUGUCAGAGCCACAUCACUGUGUCUGUAGGCUUAGUAGCUAACCGAGGAAGAACAAGGCGAGCGUUCAGACUGAACAAUCACCGACCAACACAGCGGACACCACAAGCCUUGUGCUCACUCCUGGGUUAGUGAAACAAAGGGGUUUGAAUUUUUCAUUCUUUUUUUACUUAAUCUGCUGUGCCUUUUGCUUUACUCACUUCCCUCCUCCUCACUUUCCCUCUCGCUCACUGCCUCCUUCUCUCCUCCUCUCUCAUGCUGACACACUUCCUGAAUGAACAAAGUUGCAUGGCGUCUUCCUCCCUCCCUCGCUCACUAUUCAUCAGAAAACCACUCAAGUCGUCCUCAGACUGGAUGUGUCUCUAUUGCAAACGUAACUCCACUGACACACUAUCACUGCUACAAUAACUUUCUGAUGGAACUGGUUUUAUUUUGAUCUAUUCUUUUGAUCUUAACUGUAAAGGAAACUGACACUUUGAAAGUCACGUUUCAUCUACGUGCACUCACUAUGGUUGUUUUUGUAUCUGCUAAGUAAACUGUGAACUAGCUCAUGAUUGCUCCUCACUAAAGACCACUAAUCUGCAGCCACUUGUUGCUGUUGGCCUUAACGGGCCUUAAAGACGGUGAUGAUGCUUUUACUGUCAGCGACGCCGGUGUUAAAUAAAAAACAGCUGGCACAAAUUCUAAUGUUAAGGUUUAUGGAGGUCCGGGGUUCGAUAAGACCAGAACGCACAAGAAAAACCGGACCUGUGGCUGCGUAAACUGUUCUAUGAUGGAAAAAUGAUGACCUGAACUAUGACUGGGUGACUGUGAGAAGCCAGCAGCUCCACACUUUACUGUAUCAGUGUCUCACAUAGAAGAGUUGGUUAUUUACAUUUACUCUUACUCCAACAGGAUUUGUGCUGUUUAUUUUUUUGGUUCUUCACUUCUACUUUGACUCGUCUCCAGCCAAACGGUGAAAGUAGAGCUGCAACAGUUUGGUCUGAAUUUGAGAUAACAGAUUAUUAAUUUCAUUUUAUUUUAUUUUAUGUUGAAGCUGACAUCACUAGAGUUACUUUCAUCUCAGUUAUGGCACAAUGCACAAUGAAUCACAAAAUAAUCACAAUUGCAAUAUGACCAAGUACAGCAUCCGAAUAGAAAGACACUUCAAACAUUUGAUUAGGGAUGGGAUGAUACCAUGCGUUUGUGUCCGAUUUUACCAAUUGCAAAAUCUACAGAUACCGAUAUCAGUCACAUUUGUGCUGAGUCAUUUCAAAGACCUCAUUCUCCAGCUGUGUAACAGAUAUCGUUCCGUCAAAAAAGAAAAAAAAACAGCCAAAACAUAACUCGGCUCAAAUGCUUUUGCUGAUUUUUUUAUUUUCAUUUUUACAGUCUUAUCUGGCCAAUAUCCUAUCCAGUCAUUUUGACCAGUAUUGGACCAAUACCGCUUCCCAUCCCUACAUUUGAUUAAAGUCAAAUGUGCAAACAGCUUUUUGUGAAAAUGACAGUCAAGAUGCAAAAAUAAUCAGUCGUACCUUUGAUGAAUCGCUAUCAAAAUAAUCCCCUUUUUCUUUUUUGCUGCUUUAAUUUUAGUUAAACCACACGGCAGCAUAGUGGCUAGCACUGUUGCCUCUCAGCAGGGAGGUCACUGGCUUGAAUCCCACUUCGACAAAGGGCCUUUCUGUGGUUUAAAACAUGGUUUAUUGUACACUCUAAACUGACCGUAGGUGUGAAUGGUUGUUUGUCUCCAUGUGUUGGUCCUGUGAUGGACGGCUGACCUGUCCAGGGUGUCUUCCCCACCUUUGGCCCUACAGUCUGUCAGCUGGGAUUGGCUCCAGUGGCACCCGGGACCUUCAUGCAGAGGAAUGAUUGAAAUGUAUCUAAGGAUAUAAAAUUGUACAUUUGUUCAUCUGCAGACAGUUCAUAGCAUUAUAGUUGUUCCUAAUUAUUACUCCAGACAAUGUAAUGUGGUUUGAAUGUUAUGGUUAGACACAUUUAACUCGGCGACAGAUGCAAGAUUAUUGAUUGUCUAGAUUAAUGAAUGAAUUCAUCUACAGUGAUUUGAUAGAUGAUCCGCUUAGCUGUGCUCACAAAGAGCGUGGAUGACCAUCUCCUCCCUGCUUUAAGUCCUACACAUUGACGAAAAUCACGCAAAAAACUUGUUUUGUUGGUUGUCCUGACAUUUAAAGUUAAAACAUCCCAAGAGAUUAUUUUAAUGACUGUUAAUGGCCUCUGUGUUGAACUGUCUGUUUGGUUUGAGUCACAUGAGACAACAAACCCUCACACUCAAUAUUUAUUUAACCUCUCGGUUCUCUUAAAAGCUUAGGAAAUAAAACAAAGUGCCACACUACAGCAUUUCUAUGUGAAUCCUUCACUGACGUUCGUAGCACUCGGCAACGGCGCUUGUAAGUUUCCUCCUCAUUUGGCACAGUUUGUCCAGGUGUGUCCUCACUCUCUUAGGUUUUGGGAGUAGUGCUUUUUUUUGUGUGGCCCAUCAUUAGAUUAUGGUUAAUUAGUUGCGAGUGUGGUUGAGGGAGCAGGACAUGGUGGACUUUAAAGAUGCUGGCUGAUUUAAGCGACUGAAACAUAAGAGUGGAAAAACAUCCGCAGCAAACACACAUCCAUGCUGCUUUGUGUGUACUUAUCUUUGUCCUUUAUAACUUUAAAUAGACUUUUGAGGGCUUAUUAGUUAAGGUUGUGGAGGUUUGGGUUUCUCAAUCCUGCUCCUGUGGACCCACUGCUCUGCAUGUUCUAGAUGUUUCCCUGCUCCAACACACCUGAUUCAGAUAGCUCGUUAACGAGCUCUGCAGAAACAGGUCGUUACCCUGUUUAUUAGAUUCAGGUGUGUUGGAGCCAGAGGUGGAAAGAGCACUGAAAUAUUCUACUCAUGUAAGUACCACUAUUUUGAUAACAUUUUACUUAAGUACAAGUAAAAGUACUGGUCUAAAAAUGUAAAAAAAAAGUAGCUUGUUUAAAAUGUACUCAAAAAUUACGUCGUUAUUUUAAUAACACGGUUGGGGUUCUUUCUUGUGUCGUACAAAAAGGAAAAGAGGACACAAAACUUGCGUUGUUUUUAAUUAAAGGCAAACCUUAACAAAUUAGUGCUGACAAAAUAAAAUAUGUAAACACAUAAAUGUAUCAGUCAAAAUGGGUCAAAGGUCACAAAUGCUUCAACUUUCUUAAUCACUCAGGGACCUUAAUUAACGCCAAUUCACCUGUCCUCAUGUACCUGUCUUCAUCAUUCACGGAUUCAUCAUUUCACGGAUGUGAUUUAAAACGUAGCAAAGUACAGCACUUCCCAAAAAAACCCAUACUUAAGUAAAAGUUAAAUAAUUACUUUAAAAAGUACAAGUACACAAAAAAACCUACUCAAUUAUAGUAACACGUAAUUCACUACUUUCCACCUGGUUAGAGCAAGGACAAAUGCAGAGCAGAGGGUCCCAGGGACCAGGAUUUGAGAAACCCUGGACUAGAAAAUGCAUUUUGUCUCUAAGUGUCCUCAUUAAGAUCGUGGUACAAGAAUGUGUGUGUGUGUAUGUUCAGUGCAGUGGGUCAAAUUACAGUAAAUGGAUCUGUUCAUUUUUAAGAGAAUAUUACACUUGAUAUGCAAAGUGUCUGCGGGAGAAAAACGUUUUAUUAGUAAGUGUACAUUUAUAUUUUUCUAUAUAUCUGUUAAGUGGCGUCAUUGUCAUGUUUGUGGGGUAUUGGUUUUUUCUUUGUGGGAGGGUGGAAAAAAGACUGCAGAAACACGAUCAGCUGAUCAUUCUACGCCGAGAAUGUAACGUGGCUCUAUAUCAAUGGUAUCUGUUUGGGAGGAUGUUCAAUGAAUAACAGAGGAGGGAUGGAUCAGGGUGGAGCAGGGAGAUGUGUGAUGUAAAAAUGCUGUGAAAUGGCUCCUGCUCCUCCUCCUCUGUUGGUGCUGUCACUCGAGGAAAAUAAAACUCCCCUUUUAUUGAGCUUCACUUGCUACGUCGCGACAUAAUCUAAUGUAUUAACACUUAAUUCAGCCGUAGACUGAGAGAACAAAGAAAAUGGAGAAAAAGAGAGUUUAAAACAAUAAAAGUGUAGUUAAAAACAAUUCACACAAAUAAUCCAACCGAUUCUGACACAUCUACUUAAAAGUCUUACUGAUUGUCAUUGGAGGAUGUGUUUUUAUUUAAAUGUGUGACCAUUUUUGUUGUUUUCAUUUUACUUCUUAACCCAGGUCUGUUUCUUCAUGAAACUUCAAUGUUUUUGUGAUUAAUAUGACACUGUAAGUUUCUCUUUUUGAACUGCUGUUUUUUUUGUUUUGUUUUUUAAAAAUGUCUGUUUGUUGGGAUUAAGUGACUGUUUGGGCUCUUUGGGAUUGAUCUGGUUACCAGGGUAAUCUAUCCUUCAAUUGAAUGGUUGGGAUGAUUUGACAUUAUGCAAAAAGCUUGAAUUAAAUUAGCAAAUUAAAGCAUUAUUAUUAUUAAUAAUACAUUAA